UCUCGCUAUCCUCCUUCCUCUGCUGCUUCUAUCCAUUCACCCUCUUCCUCCCCUCGCCACCAAUGGCGGUUUCCUCUCCUCUCCGGCGAGCUUAGAUUUCAUCUCCGGCGUCAUCUGCGUCCUCUCUUCGCUUCCGCUGUGAGCGUCGCCGAGUUCUUCAGCUCAUGGCGUGCUAAUCGAAUCCCCCAUUCGCUAAUUCGAGAUUGGCUACUCUGCGAUUCCUAGAUAAGUUGAAGGAGCGGGCGGAGCGGCGAGUCGGUCGUCCUCAUGGCGCCCAAGGGCGGUCGAGGAAAGGGCAAGGGCGAGCGGAAGAAGAAGGAAGAGAAAGUUCUUCCUCUGGCUCUGGACGUCCGGGUGAACCUUCCAGAUGAGUCUCAUGUCGUUUUGAAGGGAAUCUCCACUGACAAAAUCAUCGAUCUGCGGCGGUUGCUCUGCGUCAACACCCUCUCUUGCAGUAUCACCAAUUACUCCUUGUCCCAUGAGGUGAAAGGAUCAGACCUGAAUGAGUCCGUGGAUGUCGUAGCUCUUAAACCAUGCACUCUCACAUUGGUCGAAGAGGACUACGACGAGGAGCGUGCCAUCGAGCACGUGCGGCGCCUUUUGGGCCUUGUCUCCCCCACCACCUGCUUUGGCCCGCCUCCGCCGUCGACGUCGCCGUCGCUGUCUCCGAGUGAUGCCGCCUCCGGUACUGAAAAGGAUGGGAAGAAGAGCCUCAGAGGCCCUGACGCUGCGGGAACCCGGAAGACCUCUUCGGAACAUCAAUGCCAAGGGUCACCAAACUCUCCCUCAUCCUCGCCGCCAGCCAAGGAUUCGUCGGAUGAUAUGGAGGCCGAGAUGAGUGGCGCUUGCCCUCGGCUGGGAGCCUUCUACGAGUUCUUCUCGCUUGCCGAUCUCACCCCUCCCAUCCAGUUUAUAAGACGGACGACAAGUCUUCGGAAGGAUGAAUGCCCAUCCUACGACCAUCUCUUCUUCCUCGAAGUGAAGCUAUGUAACGGGAAGCUUGUGAUCAUCGAGGCUUGUGCUAGGGGAUUUUACAGUCUCGGGAAGCAUCGCGUCCUUUGCCACAAUCUUGUCGAUCUCUUGAGACAUCUCAGUAGAGCAUUUGACAGUGCUUACGGGGAUCUCAUGAGAGCCUUCAUAAAACGUAAUAAGUUUGGAAAUCUUCCAUAUGGAUUUCGUGCAAACACAUGGCUUGUACCUCCAGUUGCUUCUCAAUUGCCAUCUAUAUUUCCUUCCCUACCCGCUGAGGAUGAAACCUGGGGAGGGAAUGGAGGUGGAUGUGCAAGGGAUGGCGAAGGGGAAACUAUGCCUUGGGUAAAGGAGUUCCUUUUUCUUAAGUCCAUGCCUUGUAAGACAGCAGAAGAGAGACAAAUACGUGACAGAAGAGCCUUCCUUCUUCAUAGCUUAUUUGUUGAUGUUGCAAUAUUAAGAGCUACUGCGACAAUGAAGCAACUUAUGGAGAAAAGUCACGACAAACUUUCACUAGGGGAAGAUGAAAUACUGCACUUUGAGACAGUGGGAGAUUUUAGCAUCACUGUCACCAAAGAUGCUUCAGAUGCAAGCUGUAAGAUAGACACAAAAAUUGAUGGGAGCAAAACUACUGGAAUUGAUUUCCAGAAUCUUAUCCAGAGGAACUUGCUAAAAGGAAUUACUGCUGAUGAGAAUACAUCAGCUCAUGAUAUUGCCACUUUAGGGGUCGUUACUGUGCAUUACUGUGGUUACAUAGCUGUUGUGAAAGUCAAUUACAAUGAGGAAAGUGAAGUAAAUUUACCUUUCCAAGGUGUUGAAAUCAAGGAUCAACCUAACGGUGGUGCAAAUGCUUUGAAUAUUAACAGUCUCAGAAUGCUUCUUCAUAAGAGCCAUACAUCACGAGAGAAAAGGGAUCAAAGCUCAAAACAGGAGGAACUCUCUGAAGCACAAAUGUUUGUGGAGAAAUUGCUGAAGGAGAGUUUGGUUAAGCUUGAGGAAGAGAAAGCUGGAAGCAAUGCCUUCAUGAGAUGGGAACUAGGGGCUUGUUGGAUUCAACAUUUGCAGGAUCAAAAUAAUGGCGAGGAGGACAAGAAACAAGCAAGUGGAAAAAGUGAAAAACAAACAGGAGAAACGACCAAAAAUGAGAUAAAAGUGGAAGGCCUUGGGAAACCUUUUAAAAUCCUCAAAACCCCUUCAAAGCAACCACAUCCUGAUGAAGAGAAAAGUUCAAUUGUUGACAAGAAUUUAACAACUAAGACCCUUGACGGGAAGCAAAACGUGAGCUUGCCAUUCAGUGAACCUCAGAAGGAAAGCAGAGAAGCUGAGAAAGCUUCCAUGCUCAAAGAUUUGCUACCUGAACCAGCAUAUACACGGUUAAAAGAAUCUAAUGUUAGACUUGAUAUGAAGUCUCCACAGGAAUUAACUGAGAUGGCAACAAGAUAUUACAAUGAAGUUGCUCUCCCGAAGUUGGUUUCAGACUUUGGAUCGUUAGAGCUUUCCCCUGUUGAUGGUCGAACUCUGACUGAUUUCAUGCAUACAAGAGGUCUACGAAUGCGUUCACUUGGUCAAGUUGUCAAUCUUUCAGAGAAGCUAUCUCAUGUGCAAUCACUCUGCAUUCAUGAGAUGAUAGUAAGAUCCUUUAAGCAUAUUGUACGGGCUGUGAUUGCUGCUGUUAAUGAAACCAGUGAUUUGUCUGCAUCCAUAGCUGCAACUCUUAACUUGCUCCUUGGGAUCCCUGAUGCUGGACUUUCACAUUGUUCUGUUCAUGUGCAUUCCCUGGUCUGGACAUGGCUUACACUAUUCUUGAAGAAGCGAUAUGAUUGGGAACUUACAAUCUCAAACUAUCAGGACAUACGAAAGUAUGCCCUCUUGAGAGGGUUAUGCCAUAAGGUGGGGAUUGAACUGGCACCCAGAGAUUUUGAUAUGGAUUCAGCUUCUCCGUUUGAUAAAUUGGACAUCAUCAGCCUUGUUCCUGUUCACAAGCAAGUUGCAUGCUCAUCUGCAGAUGGUCGACAACUAUUGGAAUCUUCAAAAACAGCCCUUGACAAGGGAAAACUUGAAGAUGCAGUCAACUAUGGGACAAAGGCUCUGGCAAAACUGAUUGCAGUUUGUGGUCCCUAUCAUCGGAUGACUGCUGGAGCAUACAGUCUUUUAGCUGUAGUCCUAUACCAUACUGGUGAUUUUAAUCAGGCUACAACUUAUCAGCAGAAGGCAUUGGAUAUAAAUGAGAGGGAGCUUGGUUUGGAUCAUCCAGACACAAUGAAGAGCUAUGGUGAUCUAGCUGUAUUUUAUUACAGACUUCAACACACUGAAUUGGCACUAAAGUAUGUGAAGCGUGCGUUGUAUCUUUUACAUCUCACUUGUGGACCAUCUCAUCCAAACACAGCUGCUACAUAUAUUAAUGUGGCUAUGAUGGAGGAAGGUCUGGGAAAUGUCCAUGUGGCACUUAGAUAUCUUCAUAAAGCUUUGAAAUGCAAUCAGAAGUUACUUGGCCCUGACCAUAUUCAGACUGCAGCAAGCUACCAUGCCAUAGCUAUUGCACUAUCCUUAAUGGAAGCAUAUCCUUUGAGCGUUCAACAUGAGCAAACAACACUUCAAAUACUUAGAGCAAAGCUUGGUCCAGAUGACUUGCGUACUCAGGAUGCUGCUGCCUGGCUUGAGUACUUUGAAUCAAAGGCUAUUGAGCAGCAAGAAGCUUCUCGGAAUGGUAUGCGAAAGCCGGAUGCAUCUAUUGCCAGCAAAGGCCACCUAAGUGUGUCUGAUCUUCUUGAUUAUAUUGAUCCCAAUCAAGAUGAUAGAGCAAAGGAGGCUGAAUUAUUGAAGAGGAAAAAUGUGGGUUUGAAGGUCAAAGUGCUAUCUUCUCAAAACUUGAAUGUCGCUGAUUCGUCAUGCCAACAACAAAAACAAAAUCUUGCAUAUGAUGUGAAACUGGUGAAAGAUGGCAUUCGCAUUGUCGAUAAUGAAAUCGCCAAUGCAGGUCGUGAACAAGCUGUUAUUGAAGCAGUUUCUCAACAGGCUAAAUAUGAAGAAGUUAGCAGAAAAUCAUUAGCAGGUCCUCAACAAUUUAUGGAGAGAGAACAGAAUCUCAAUUCAUUUAGUGAAGGUGUAAGGGAGGCAAAUACAGAGGUAGAAAAUGGUUGGCAAUCUGUUCAAAGGCCAAGGUCCACUGGAGGGUCAUUCCACCGAAUCAAACAUCAAUAUACAAAUAUUAGGAAAUCCUACAAUUACCAGAUGAAUAAUGUCCCUAACGAGAUGGUGCAAUCAAAGAUACAAUCUUCUUAUUUGAGCAAAGGGUAUUACUUGCUGAGAAAAAGAACUGUGGUUCCUGGAAAUGUCAAUGAGGAUGUUAACAUGAAAGUUCAGUCACCUGGAACCAAGUUUAGUCAGAAGGUAUACAGGGCUGUCACUUACAGGGUCAAGUCAUUGCCUUCAUCCACCAACCAGGAGAACUCGAGUAAACCUGGGAAUGCUUCUGAAAGCAUGGCAGUCAUAGAUUCACAGUCAUUCUCUGUUCACAAUGAUAACCAGGAAAAUAGUAUCUCUGAGCCUCACAAUCAAUUGCUUCUUGGUCUAUGUAACUCUCCAUCAUACAAAGAUGUAGCAUUGGCGCCUCCAGGAACCAUUGCCAAGAUACAGAAUAGGAAAUCCCUGGAGGAUAUGUCAUCAAAACAAGAGGAAUUUGUUGGAAGCAAUGUACCAGAAGUAAAGGACUCACUUCCAUUUGUGGAACAUGAAAAUUCUACUAUGCUACCUGAGAUAUCUAGCGUCGCUAAGGAGGACUUGGCUAAAAAGGAAGAGGUUUUAGACACAGUUGGAAAUGCUGAAAUUGAGAAGGAAGAAGGAAGAAAGCAAGAUUGUGAAAUUUAUAGUCCUCUAGAACUUUUAUCUUCUGUUUUGGAGGUGGCCUCUAGUGGGAGCUUGCCUACCAAUAAUAACGCUGUGACUAAUGUGCUUGAUCAUGAGAUUCACGAAGUUCAAGAAAAUGUCGAUUGCAGCCUGAAUUCACCUAGAAAUAUAUCUGCGGAAGCAUUACAGUGUUUUAUCACUGCUGAAAGUGAGGGAAAUAAUGAGGAAGCCUCAUGUAGCAUUGCUCAAACCACUUCAUACUCUAGUGUCCAGCAAGAUUUCGAAAAGGUUGACAAUGACACCUCUGACAAAGUUUGUGCCACUGAUUCAAUAAUACAAUCACAAAUUAGUAUCACCGACGGGAGAGAAAUCCCCUCCAAAAAGCUGUCUGCCUUUGCUAUGCCAUUUAAUCCAUCUCCUGCCCCAGUACUUGGUCCCAUUCCUGUAAGUAUUGGUCUUCCUCCUAGUGGUACAAUUCCUGCAGUUGCCUCGUGGCCUUUGAGUACUAGCCUUCAUGCUACACAGACAACUGUGAUCUCAUCAAGGUCUCCCAUAUGUAGCUCACCUCAUCUUCCUUAUCCUCCUUCUCCUAGGCCUCUUAACAUUCUUCAUACCUUCCCAAUAAUGUAUCCACCAUACACCCAACCUCCAGUCAUUCCCAAUUCCACUUUUGGUAUGAAUAGCAAUAUGUUUCAUGGAGACUGUUAUCCAUGGCAGUGCAAUGCUGGCCAAAAUGUACCUGAUUUUGUACCAGGAUCAUGGUCUGGAAUCCAUCCAGUGGAUAUUUGGCCACCUGUUGUAAGUUCUAUUGCUGAAUCUAUAUUGGCACCAGCGAUAGGAUCUGAAAUAAGGACUGGCGUCAGCACAAGGUCUCAGUCGGAUAACAAUAAUGAAGAAGGAAAAAGGACUGAAGAGAGUGAUGGAAUUACUGAGUUAAUAAAUGCUAGCAAAUCACUGGACGUAAGCUGGAUAGAGAAACAAGAAUCAGAAGAGUCCCAAAGUAACAUAAAGGCUGGUCAACUGAAUUCUGAGACUGUUUUAAGAGAAGACACACAGGAUGACAGCACAACAAGUGUCAAUGGAAGUAGCAGAAAGAAUGAGAACCAGGGGAGGUUUAGCUUAUACAUCAAGGGUCGACGUCGACGUAAACUGACAUUAAGGCUUCCCAUAAGUUUGCUCAAUAGGCCUUAUGAAUCACAGUCCUUCAAAGUUAUUUGUAGCAGAGUAGUAAGAGUAAGUGAUGUGGCAAGGCCAGAAAUUAUGUCUUCCAGCGAAAAUACUAAUGCCAGUUAGUCACACAAGAAAGAAAAUCCAUCAUGACUUCAUAUGCUAACUGGCUCAAAAGAUUUUCUUAUUCUUCAAUCAACAAAAGGAAUAUGUUAUCUUACAGUUUAUUGGAAUUCUUCUGUCACUGCUUUUGAUAAAGAAGUUGGACCAAUUUUGGUAGAUGAGAUAUUGAGAUAAGAAGGGUUGUAUCAUCUCAUUGUCUGAGGCAGGGGAUGCUGAAAAUUUCCUCGUACACUGGCGACAAAGCGAACAAGACAAUGACGAGAUGUGGCAAAAGUUACUUGAGUUUCCAUUCAUGCACUAAUUCUAUUGAAGAUCUGCUGUUUAUUGUUAGGUAGAACUUCAUAUCACUCUGGAACUUAUUUUUUAAAUUAGAGUAUUUUGUUAAACUGAUUUUUUCACAUCACAAUAAAAUGUUCCUUUAAUGUUUUUA